AUGAAAGACAAUGACUGGGAAGUUGACAUCAAUUUAGGUCCAGAAUCAAUGCACAAUAUCUUUCGCAAAAGAGACAUUUUGGCGUAUGAACCUGACAAAGACUUAGCAUUGGCUUGUGAACGAUAUCAGUACCCUCAGAAUUAUUUAAACGACGAUUUGAGUAGUAUUGCAGGCAGCAGCGUCGUUUCAAGCAGAUUUUCUGAAAUGUCUCUCCAUCAUAAUAUUGAUGAGUUCAUGUUUGAUGAUCCGGUUACGCCUCCUCAGUUCCAACCUAAUGAGAUGACUAUAAAGCAGCAACAAAACCUACCGGGUGUCGUAAAGAAGCUUGGUCUUCGCUAUCAAAAUGUCGUGGAAGAAAUUGAUGAUUGGGAUGAUGAUGUUGAAAUGCCAUCCAAAGGACUCUCGCUAAGCUUAGCACAAAGACAAGAAUAUGAACAGCAAAUUGACUUUGACAGUGAUAUCGGCCCUUCUGUGAGCGAACGAGUAGCUCAUUCUCCAAAGCCUCCUACUUCGGUCGCAGGCUCUGCUGCUCCAAAAUUCAGGUACGAGAUCGAGCAAGAUGAUGAUCAGGAUGAUAUGGCUGGUCUGGAAUUUCCGGCGAAUAUGGCUUCUCUUCCUGUGCGAUUAGAUCAAAGAAAGAAGGGUAUUAAUACGCCAUCUACUCCUGCAAGCACAACCAAACCUACAAUUUACAAGAGCAAAAUCCCCACUUGCUCUCCAAAAGCAAAACUAUUGGCAUCUAUGCGUGAAAAGGAUGACGAAGAUUUCACUGAAGGACUGAAGAUAAAUGAAAGAAACUUCCACAUGGAUGUAUCCAGUAGGUCGUCUAUAUCUUCUCUGCAACAGUCGAAAUCUCUUAUCAGCAGCAAAGGAAAAUCUCCAGUCAACCUUGCAGCAACCAGUAGAUUAGCCAGGCCCUCCAUUGCUACCAAAAGCCGUAUCCCUGAACUACCCAAGCGGCAACCUUUGAUUCCUCAACAAUCGUCUUGGCCACACGUAUCGACGAGACGCAAUGUCUUGACCAGCACACAGUCAUCUUUGAGCCGUGAGGCUGAUGGUACAGCAGCUAAACAAAGACAGCAACAAAGACCUACCCUGAACAGAAAUCUUUUGACCAGCAAAGAGCCCACCGAAAGAAAGAGUGCCAAUGGAUACACUCUAAUCUCACGGCCAAAGACCAAUAAAGGCAGUUAUUGUUUUCAACUAGACAAUAUCGACAAUCUAAACGACCUUCGGCCCAAGUUCUCUCGACAAAUAAAGAAAGAGAAUAACAGUAGUAACAAAAAUGGAGUGGAUCCGAAACGUCCAUGGCGCCGAAAUAUGCAACAAUCUCAACAACCACAACAGAAGGCUAAUGUUCGCUUAAUUAAACCCAACGAGCAGCCCGUCAAGAAAAGAUACGAUGGCAUGGAAUUUGAUCCAAUAGCUCAAGUUUGGAAGGGAAAUGAACAGAGUUUAGCAGGCUUUCAAGAAAAGACGUACCGUCGCCCAAUGCUGAUGACUCAGAUCCAACAAAAGAAUCCUAGUCGCUAUGCUGCUUUGAUGGGCAAUAAUAUGAUAUUCAAUGCUGACGAGCAAAAAUGGGUCUCUGCUCUUGGGCCUCAGCAAGAAUUCAAUGAGCUGGACGCUAUUGAAGACCUUGUAGAUGACACUCCAGUGCAACAUAGACGCUACAUGACCAACAACAAGCACUCAGGGGGAUUUGGCGUUGAGUUUAAAUUAUCGGUGGAGACCAAACGACAGAUGAUGUUUGAUCAGGAAAUGCAUGAGCGCUUCAUUCAAAAUUGGCCUUUGAUGGAGGAGCCCCUUAUUAAUAGAUCUGGCCACCGUGUUGGUGCUUCAAAGUACUUUUUAUUCAAAUAA